AUGCCGCCAAAAUCAAAGCAAAAAACGCUCAAACCCACAACCAAACCAAUCCCACCUCCCUUCUCACCCGCCGAUGCUUCCCUCGAGCCUCUCCUCUCAACCUUCGACCCCUCCACCGUGUACAUAAUCCACGCCGAUACGCACCCAGCAUGGUUCAAAAAGCGCAUCUUCAGCGUGCCCGUGGGUCUGAACCUCCUCAUCGCCGCAAUCCUCGCCUGGCGCGCCUAUGCCAUCAUCCCGUUCUACUACAGCAUCCUUGCGUCGCUGCUCGGGCACUCCAACCACACAACGAUAUACUACGCGGAGCAGACGUGGGGCGGGCUGAUAUGGAAGGUUGUGCAGCGCAUGGUUACGUUUUUCAUUGACUAUGUGCUGGUCAUGGUUAUCGCGCCGUGGCCGUAUGGGUUCUUCCUCGAGGCGCCAGGGAAUCCUGUGCGUUGGCGUUGGAGUGUGGGGUUUAGGGAUGAGGAGGUGUAUGUGCGGCAGAGCCGGGGGUGGGGCGCGAAGGAUUUGCUGGGCGAGGCCGAGGGCAGUACAGGCAAAGCGGGUGAAGAGUCGCCGUUCUUUAAGACGAGGAUCUUGCCGGCUGUUGAUCAGCAGCGACUUAAAGAGAAGACGGGGUAUUUGCUGAUGGAUGGAGACUUUGAUCUGGACUUCUAUGGGAUGAUUGCUGCGACGCAGUUGUUGGACAGGAAGGAUAUCGCUGCGGAUCUGCUGAAGAAGUGCGUGCUUGUCUACGUUGGCGACAAAGAGAAGGGCGAGGGGCAGUGGGCGGUCUGGAACUGUGGCAUGCUUGAUGUCAGCGAGCCGAGUGAAGCGGAGGCCAGAGACAAGGUGAUCGCAAUCAAGGACAAGCUUACGGAAAUGGGCAAGGAGAGCCUGUUCUUCAGAUGGGUCGAGCUGAUCCAGUAUGAGAGCAAUGCUCCUGGUGGCUUCACACAAGAGAGACAGGUAGCGGCUGCGGACAAGGUCAAGAAGAUGUUUGAAGAGCAAGGUGUUGAUUGGGACGAGUUCAGCAGGGAGAUUGGUGGGCUUGAGGGUGUGCCAGGCUUAUAGCCGGCUGUUACUUUGCAUUGCAUUAUGUUGCGGGUUUGUUAUCAUGAUACCCAAAAAGUCAUCACUACUAAACGUUUGGCAGACCGAAACAUAUCUGAAGUGCAAGCUUCGUCUCCU